GCCGAUGCGCUCCGUUCAUCCUGGAAGAAUCGAAGAAGAAGAGUCACAGUCCGCUGUAGAACUGGGAACAAACAUUUAAACUCGAGAGUUAGAAGAGUUAAAAUAUACAUAUUUCUGAAAACUAAACUCUGUGUCACUUCGGCAGGGAAAUGUUAAAUAUAUAAGCUAUUCUCGGCUUGCAUACAAGCUAGUUAACUUACAUCAGGAAAACAGUUAACGUAAAUAAAGAAGUGGCAGUGUUAAAAAGCAGCAAGAGAUGAACAGAAAAAGAGCCCUGAUCGCAGACACAUUCUGUUUAUCGAAGAGACGCAGAUGUGCCUCUGACUGUGUCACCGGAGACAGUCAAGAUAUCAGGUCGAGCUUGCAGUACCUCAUGACCCUGUUUUCACGCAAGCUCUUCAACGACAGCCUCCCACCAGUGGUCUUAAAACACCAGCUCUAUAGUUUACACAAUGACAAAACCUCCGUGGACAAGCAGGUGAAUGAGUUGAGGGAAAACGGCGAGCUGUUGAUGUUCCAGCUGGGGUUCGACUCUGAGGCCUUCGCUUUGGUGUUUGCAGAAGAUUACAGAGCCAAAGUCCUGCAGGGGGAAGCUGGCAGAGGAACGCUGGCAACUGUAGAGAAAUUCCUGGCCAAACUAAUUCCCAGCUGCUCCGAUUUGAGUUUCAACAAGGAGAAGAUGCUCAAAGAGUUCCUCUUUACAGACUCUGAGAUAACGCAGCUGGUGAAAUCAGGCGUCCUCACGGUGAGGGAUGCGGGCAGCUGGUGGCUUUCAAUCCCCAACUCUGGCAAAUUCAUCAAGUACUUCAUUAAGGGACGCAAAGCUGUUCUCGGCAUGGUUAAGAAAUCCAAAUACGGUGAAAUCCUCAAGACUGAAUUGGAGGGCCGCCGCACAACUUCGCAGGUCAAGUUCCAGAUGAAGUAUCACAUUCAUGAUAUAAUCGGAGCAGAGUUAGUGGAAUGCAUACAGACAACAUCAGGGACACUGUUAAGAUACGUGGACGGAAACAUCAACUAACAGCUCCACUCACUCGACCUGAACUGUACAGAAUUGAAAUGCGAAAUGUAUUUAUUGCCAUAUUCUUU